AUGCCAGUCAUCCAUCCAUCUACCCACUCACCCAUCCAAUCAUCUACCCAUCAUCUAUUCAUUCAUUUUCCAUCUAUCCAAUCCAUCCAUCCACACAUCCACCCCUCCAUCCACAUAUCCAUCCACCCAUCACCCACCCACCCAUCCAUCCAUCCACACACACAUCCCUCCAUCCAGCACCCAUCCCUGCAUCCACCGUGUGGCUCCCCACGAAGGGACCACACAGCAGCCGAGGCCGGCGGUAGCUCUGGGAUCUCCUCCCGCUCAGCGGCAGCCUCCAGCCUCUCAGAACGGCAGGCAGGCAGCACCUGCCAGCAUCCCCAAGGAGCUGAGCACUUCCGCAGGCCGGGGCAGCUCUGGAGGCGCAAACAGUCCAUGCGCGUGGCUGCUGACCCAGGGUCCGGUGGGCGGACCACGCGCACGGACCCGCGGGGCCCGCGCUCUGGGGUCAGCCCGGGGUCAGGACGCGCGCGCCGCCCCGCGGAGCGCGCCCCGCCCACCGCCAUGCCCCCAGCAGCCCGCGUUCGAGUCCUGGCCCUGCGGCCGCCGCUGCGGGACCUGGCCUCCACUCUCCCGCGAGAGGCAGCCGCAGCGCCCCGCCCCACAGCGCCGAGAGCGCGGACGCGCACGGCGGGCUCGCACCUGGCCAGGCGAGAGCGAGGUUGGCGGGCGGGACCGAGGAAGCCCCGCCCCCUAGACCUGCCCCCUCCGCCGCCGGGCCAAUCGGAAGAGCGGCCGGCCCGUGUGGCGGCGGCGCGCGGGAGGCGGGACUGCGGCGGCUGA